AUGGAAUGGUUCGAUAUAGAUUGGAAGGGCCUAGCCCUUCCAUUUGCCUACAUCUUUGUACUUGGCGGCAUGCUUUACACAUUCUCGACCAUCUACAGAAAGAGGAAAGCCUCACAAAGCGCCAACCUCGCGCCGUGGUUCCCUCCCCACCUCCAGAAGAACAUCUACUCGUCGUUGCUGGAGAUUAACGCCGCGGACAACCACGAUAAGAAGACUAGGGUGCCUGCUAGUGUGGUCCGCACCGCGCUUCUUCGCCGCGCCGUGGAGGAUAUCGGUCGAAUCAUCCAGGUGCGCUCGGCCAAGCAGGCGCUCAACACGCUGCUGCAGCGGGGCAGUGUUGGGGACGACCUGAUGCAGCGGUUUUCGCGGGCUGAGAAAGAAAUGGAGGAGGAGCUGCGGGAUGUAGUUAUGGAGGCAAAUGCUCUCGCACCAGGCUGGGGCCAGGCCAUCUUCCAAUCCGCCAAUGAGAUCGCCGCCAACACGCAUCUGCGCGCGCGCAUCGAUGAUAUCCAGGCACAGGCAGCAACGGAAAAGGAGUGGUGGGAAAAGCGACGCCAGUGCAUCUCAAAGGAAUUCAUGAAGGAGCUUGAUGAAGAAGAGGAGUUGAGCAAGGCUGGUUCCGUCCGGGUCGGUAGUGAUGAUGAGGGCGUCCUGGUUGAUUCGACUAGCCCUGCCACGUCGCCAGGCGGGUCCAAGAAGAGGGUAAAGAAAUGA